AUGCCACUCUGUACUCUCCAUCUCAUAUCCCUCCACCCAACCAUCGCUCUGCCCACUUUCCUCUCCACCCUCAAAUCCUCAAACUUGACACCCUUGGUUAUAUCCCACGUAGUACGCUGGAUAAUCCUCCCCACAAAAAUCUCGACCGAACACCUCCUCGCUCGCAACAUCCAUUGGGACAUUCUCCUCAUCCUCCCCUCCACCAGCGCCCUCCCCCCACCCCUCAUCCAACAAAUCGCACACCACUGGUCCAUCACCGCCGGCAUCCCAUCCCGACUCACCCAAAACUUUGCCGCCAAAAACCACGCUCUGAUACACCCCGAUCCCGGCUCUGUGCCCCCUCUACGCGGCGACGACGCCACAAAAUCAACCACCUCGUCCGCCCAAAAUCUCGAAUUAUCCGCCGACCUCAACGCCUGGAUCGAUGGGGCCGUGGAAAGAGGAGGCGCAGAGGACCUAGGCGCAGUCUCCAUGUUCAACCUCCUCUCCUUCAACCCAGGCAUGAAGUCCUCCUACCUGCAGUACGGCGCCGCUUUCGCCGCCUACAUUGGCUCCGCCCACGGUGGCAACGCCAAACUCGUAGGCAACGUCAUCAACACCAAUGGACAGCCCUCGCUGUCUCGAUCUUCCGGCACCCCCGCUACCGCCGGCUUGACCAAGGUGGGCGAGUUGGGCGGGGAGUGGGACGAGAUUGCCCUGGCACAUUAUCCUAGUAUUCGCCAUUUUAGGGACAUGUUGACGAGUGCCGAGUAUCAGCGGGUGAAUGCGAAGUUUAGGGUGCCUAGUUUGAGGGAUACGGCGAUUUUGAUGACGAGUGAGGUUGGGGUGGAGGAGUUGAUGAGGGGGGUUGGAGGAGGGGCGAAGUUGUAG